UAAAUUUGCAUUCAUUAGCUGUUUUUAAUAUAAGUGAGUUUUCGAUGGAAAAUGUUAAAUUAUUUCACACAGAAUUAAUGACUAUAUAUGAAGGAAAGCCACCAGUAUCAAAGGCACGUAUGAGUCAAAUAACGAAAGCUGCUUUGAAAUCAAUAAAAAAUUAUAAACAUAUUGUAUUAGCUGUUGAAAAAUUUGUUUCUAAAGCACCCCCGGAAUAUAAACUUGCAGCACUAUAUGUCAUUGAUUCUAUUGUGCGUCAAUCUCAACAUCAAUUUGGAGCUAAAAAAGAUGUUUUUGGCCCUAGAUUUGCUAAGAAUUUAUAUCAAACAUUUAAAAGCAUUUACAAAUGUGUGCCAGAAGAUAAGAGCAAAGUCAUUAGAGUUUUGAAUCUUUGGCAAAAAAAUGAAACUUUUUUUACAGAUGUUAUUCAGCCAAUAUUAGACCUAGCUAAUCCUAAGUUUAUAGAGAAAUUAACAUCCAGUAAAAAAUCUCAAAAAGAGUUUGCAGAAGAAGCUUUGAAAGUUGUUAAUGAUUUAUUAACUAAAUGUGGCAAGGAUCCUCAUGCUAUGGGAAUUAAUCCACAGCAUUAUCAGCAACUAGAAAUAAUUGGUCAAUAUUUAAAACAACAAUUAGAUUGUAGUAAGCAAACAUCUGAUGGUGAUAUAUCAGCAAUUACAGUAGAUGCAAAGGUAGUGGCACAGCUUAAAGAACUAGCUGCUCAACUUUUUGGUAAAGUUGACAUAGAAGAUGUUUAUAAAAAUAGUAUACAAAAUGGGCAAAACAAUGAAAUACCAUUUCCUACAACUAUACCUAAUUCAAUCAAAGAUAACACCUCAAUGAUUCCUGGAUUUAACAAAAAAUUAUUAGACUUUGAUUAUGGUGACGAAGAAGAUGAAAAUUUUUGUAAUCAAAUUAAUGCCCCAGAAAAACCCACAGUUCUUAGCGAAGCUAAUAUAACAAAAACUGCACAAAAUAUAUUGACGGAUCCUGUUAUCAUGAAUCAGAUCCAGCAGCAUUUCAUAAAACCUUUUUCUAUGGAUCCACAUUAUGGAGACAUGCACAGGCAAAUUCUUGCACAACAACAAGAUGAAUUUGAUAAGCAAAUUAAUUGUACAUCUUCCCUGAAUGAUUUAAAAAAUGAAAGUUACCAGCAUAUCCCUGGAUUAUCACCAUCUCUUUCUUUAUCGAAGGCAAAUAAUCACAAUAUGUUAUAUCAACCAUUACUUCCCACAAUUCCAUCAUUUUACUCAGAUCAACCACUUCAUAGAGAUAUAAAAUCCCCAGAGCUGACAACAGUUACUACCAAUAAAGAUUAUGAUCUGAAAUGCGAGUCAAACAAUAGAUUAGAAUUCAGAAGUGAAAGAGAUCAAUUUGAAGAUGUAAAUCACAAACAUAAGAAAUCAAGCCAUACCAGUAGUAGUAGUAAAAAGACAUCAAUAUCACACCACAAAGAUGAGAGAGAAAAGUCACGAACUACAGAUAAAAAGUCAGUCAAAAAGUCAUCAUUUUCUGUUCCAUUUAAAUCAUCUAGCAUAACAGUACUUUCUAGGACAAUCUGGAUUGGUCGUGUACCUAAAAAUUGUAAUGAACAAGACCUUAGGAAGGCGAUGAAUGAUUAUUCCAUAACUCCUGAGACCAUCAAUAUGGUUCCCCCAAGAGGUUGUGCAUAUGUAUGCUUUAAAACACGAUCAGAUGCCAAUCGAAUUCUAGAUAAGAUGAAAGAUAGAUAUAAAUUAUUUGGAAAGACUCUACAAAUGGAUUGGUCUCCAUUCGUAGGAUUGAAAGAUAAUGCCAAUUACAAAUUAUACUGGAAUAUUUCUUUGGGUGUUUAUUACAUACCUUAUGAUAAAAUUGAUAUAAAUACAUGUGAAAAGUUUAACGAAGGUGGCCUUGUUGAUUGGGACUCAGUUCCUAAAGAUUUUAAAAAACAAAUGGAAAUACAUAUCACUUCUCAAAAUUCAGAUGUUCAGGAUAUAGCUAUGAUGCCCCCAAAUAUGAUACAAAAUGAUAAAAAUACACAACAGCUAACAGACGGUUCUAAUAUACAAUACAUAAAAAAUUAUCUAAAUCUUCCACCUCCAUUGCCCAUUGGAAUGCCCUCAAUUCCACUUUCUGGAAUGCUCAAUCCUUCCUUAAAUAGUUUCAUCAUGUCACAACCCUUUAACAACUCAAUCCGUUUACCUUUACCUCCUCCUCGUUCCACAUCUUUCUUGCAAUUUAACAAUCCAAGUUUUGAUAAUAUAAGAAUGAUCCCCUUUCCUCGUCAAUCAUCUCUUACUAUGAACACCCCAAACUCUCUAUAUAAUUCUUCUUUUGACUCCUCUGUUGUGAUGAAUAAUAGUAAUGUUGUUACUUCUCAAAAUAAUAUGAAAGUGGAGGAGGAAAGUGAAGAUGAUGACGAUAUCCAUGAUAUCAAUCCCUCUCUUUUACCUACCAAUUUAUUUUUGAAAAACCUCAAAAAUCGAAAUACUAACAACGAGAACAAGGUCCAAGCAUCUCUACCAAUGAGACCUCCUUUUAAUCCAUAUAUGGGCAUGAAUAUGACACAACACCAGCCAUCACUCUACCCUUUAAUGAUGCGAGCCCGUCUUAUGAUGUUACACCAACAACAACCUCCACCCCCUCCACCACCAGCCAAUCCCAUGAUGAAUCCAUUUUUAAAUCAGCCCACAUUAUUUCCUACUAACACUUUCCCUAAUUAAAACAAAUUUCUGCAACCCUUACGUAAAUUUUAUCAUCUAUUUAAUUUUUAUUAUUAUUAAUUCUUUGUACAUGUUUCAGUAAUCACAUUCAAAUUAUAUAAAUUUUAAAUCAUUAUAUAUAUAAAAAAGAUAAAUUUUGAUAGAUACAUUUUAGAUUAUUAUUAUAAACAUAAAUUUCAUAAUUGUUUAAUAUUUCAGAUUUUUAAAACAUUUAUAUGAAUUAGAAAAAUUUCUCACACAUUUUAUUCUCAAAUGCUUUUGUGAUUCAUUAUUUAAGGGACGAGUGCUAUUUAUUAAGAUACUGU